CGAAGCCUGGCCUGCUGGGUCCUUUUCCCGUCAUCCCCAGCCAGAUUUAGCUGCUGACAGCUGCUUGGGACUCUGCUGCCAGGGCCUGGCCCAGAUCUGCCUGCCUCUCCUCUCUCUCAGUGACUCCUGAGCCACAGACCCUCCAUGGCCCAGAAGGAAGAGGCUGCUGCGGCCACUGAGGCUGCCUCCCAGAAUGGGGAGGAUCUGGAGAACCUGGAUGACCCUGAGAAGCUGAAAGAGCUGAUUGAGCUGCCGCCCUUUGAGAUUGUCACAGGAGAACGGCUGCCUGCCAACUUCUUUAAAUUCCAGUUCCGGAAUGUGGAGUACAGUUCCGGGAGGAACAAGACCUUCCUCUGCUAUGUGGUUGAAGCACAGGGCAAGGGGGGCCAAGUGCAGGCAUCUCGGGGAUACCUAGAGGAUGAGCAUGCGGCUGCCCAUGCAGAGGAAGCUUUCUUCAACACCAUCCUGCCAGCCUUCGACCCAGCCCUGCGAUACAAUGUCACCUGGUAUGUGUCCUCCAGCCCCUGUGCAGCGUGUGCUGACCGCAUUAUCAAAACCCUUAGCAAGACCAAGAACCUGCGUCUGCUCAUUCUGGUGGGUCGACUCUUCAUGUGGGAGGAGCCGGAGAUCCAGGAUGCUCUGAAGAAGCUGAAGGAGGCUGGCUGUAAACUGCGCAUCAUGAAGCCCCAGGACUUCGAAUACGUCUGGCAGAAUUUUGUGGAGCAAGAAGAGGGUGAAUCCAAGGCCUUUCAGCCCUGGGAGGACAUUCAGGAGAACUUCCUAUACUAUGAGGAGAAGUUGGCAGACAUCCUGAAGUAGGGCGACUGGGCUUUGCCUCACGUCUUCCUGCUGCCACCAAGAGACAGCAAUGACAUGUACAGCCAUCUGGGACAUGCCUGUCUUCCUAAUACCAUUUGGAGCUGGACAACAUUUGACACCAACCAAUCAUACUGGACAAGGCCCUUAGAGGACUUGAAAUAUACUUCUCACGCUGUAGUUUAUUUAGGCUGUGCCUGUCUCUCUAAUGCUGCUCUUGGGAAGGACGAAAGUGACCUGCAAAGAGAGAAAUGCAACCAUACAUGGGCUCCAGUCAACUAUGGGACUGAAGGUCCUAAUUGCUCACCCAAGGGGGCUGCUUAACACAAACAGCCUCAGACCCAAGGUUUAGAUUUCUGAAAUAUGCAUUUUAUGUUAAGUUGGGUAUUUUUUUUAAGAAAGAAAAACAGCAACAUUAAUAAAAGAAGUGGUGUGUUUUUCCCGUGGCCAGAUGUUUAAGAAACUUGAACGUCUGGAAGUUGCCACAGACAAGUGAGCUAGUCCCAGACACAGGGACACUCCAGGCUAUGAACCAAACCAUGGUUAAACCAGGACUUGCCUAGACAAUGCAGAAUAACUCUCCCAUACAGACUUCUUACGAAAAUCAAAUGAGGGCCUUUCCCUUCUCUGAAGGCAAGUAAUAGGGCAGAAGAUGGAACAAAAAGCAUGAGAAAUCUAAGGUAGCCACAUCCCAAAUGCCAGUUAAUAAGCAACUAGCUUCUUUAUUAAAGAGGAGCGGGUGAAAAAUAGUAGUUUAAUGUUCAGAUAUACAAUCAUUUAAAAGUAUUCAAUACAUGGUAUUUGAUGGUAAUGGCAGAAUGAUGUCAAGUCUCUUUUUUUUUUUUUUUUAAAGGUUUGAGUCCUAUGUGGAAGCAAAAAUUCACAGGUGAAUUUCCAGGUGUUUGCCAAACUCUAACUAGGUUUCCAGGAAUAAUGUAUUCACUCUGAUUACCAGGACAUGCCUCCUUUCCCCAGGCUUCAAGUGUGAUAAGUCGUCGGAAUUUGACCCAAGACUACUAUCGGCAAAUGACAAAGUGCUUUAUCACAUUCCUGCCAAGUCCCAGAAUUCCACUUACAGCCAAUCCUGGAUGAGACUAGGUUUUGUUUAAAGAAUCAAGGCUCAAACGCCAAGAAAAAAAAAUAAUAAUAAGAACCAUAAUCUCUUUAAAAGUAAAGGAAGCCUAGAAAAUCCAUGUUUUGACUUGUGUUAAGGUUUACAGAUGGUACUCAAUUUACAAUGAUUUGUCUUGCAAUUUUUUGACUUUACAACGGUGCAAAAGCCAUACACAUUCAGUACACCCUUCAACUGAACUCAACUUAAGAUGGAGUUACCCAGCCAUAGACCUAACAUAAGUUGAGGAGCAUCUGUGAUUGCAGAGUUAAGCAAAAUAUUUUAAAUUUCUUUAAGUUUCUUAUCCCCCACUCUCAUUUUCAAUUUUGUGUAUUUAGACAAUCUCUCCUUCCUUUUUCCCUUCAACUUUAUGUGGACAAAAGCAAUGCUUCAAGAAAAGCUUCAAUCUAAAAGUUUGAUAAUGAACUUGACCCUCCACUGCCCCUACCCCAACAACAUGAAGAACUUGUCUGUUCCACCUAGAAAUACAAAAGUGAAAUACUUUUUUGAAACUGUUGCCUCUUAUCAGGCUGAUAUGUGAUAAGAACACCGUCUAAAGUACAAAGAUUAUAUUUAACCAGUACUUUCCUGGUGUUUUAACCAGCCCCUUCUAAAAUACAGUUGUUCUUUCAUACUCGGGAAAGCAGCAAGUCCUGUGACAGAUCCAAAGUCACUCUAGGGAGAAAAUCAAUAGCAAGUCUGGCUGUUUUAACUCUCAACACCACUGCAAGGGAAAACAAGAAAAUGUCUAGUUUCCCGAAUAGCUCUCAUACUGAACCAUUGGCUAAAUCCAUGAACUUUAUUUUCCUACCAUGACCACAAUAGAGGACUAGUCCUUGCAGCUUCGGAAGAAAAGAGGACUAAUAUUUAGACCCCAGCUGGCUGCACAUCCAAAUCUUCUAUGGAGGUUAAAAACACAAAAGUGGCCAUCCCACUCCACCACCCAUUUUUUUUUUUUUUAAUUGAGAUAGGGUCUUGCUCUGUUGCCCACACUGGGGUACAGUGGCACAAUCACAGCUCAAUGCAACUUCAACCUCCCGGGCUCAAGCCAUCCUCCCGCCUCAACCUCUAGAGUAGCUGGAACUACAGGCCUGCACCACCACACCCAGCUAAUUUUUAAUUUCUUUUUUUUUGUAGAGACAGGGUCUCGCUAUGUUACCCAGGUUGGUCUCAAACUCCUGGGCUCAAAUCAUCCUCCAGUCUCAGCCUCUCAAAGUGCUGAGAGGACAGGUGUGAGAAUUUUUUGAGAGGAAGUGGCCUUUAUUUUUUUAAAGAAGACUCAUAAGGAUUUUUGAGAAUCACUGAUUUAUUGGGUCACUACUCUGUGCUAAGUACUCUGCCAGGCAUUUAACAUAUAUUAUUUCACUUGUUCUCAUGAUUAAAUUCAGGCAGGUUCAAUCACAGAAACCAUGCAGUGGACAAAAGAGAGAAAAAGUUCACCAUGAGGAGAGUCUAAAAACCUGCCUUUUGACUUGUCUAUUUUUAUCUCUUAUUUCUCACUUUGCUUCUCCUCCCACUUGGACCCUUUGUCUGACUGUUUGAAAUUAAGUUGCAGGUGAACCCUCCAUUACCCAUGCCCAGAACAAACAGACAUAAGCACAGAACCUCACUAACUCCCCAAAUUUUUAUUUUUCCAUUUUUAUCACCACAAAUUUCUUGGUAACAAUGUAGAAUUUAAUUUUGUAAUUAAAACAAAAACUCUCCCCUAGGAGGAAUCUGAUGACAUAAGGAUAACACCAAGUUAUGUGCACAAACGACAAAAAAUGCCAAACUAACUGGAAUGAUCAUCCAUACUGAAAUUUCUCUUAAAAAGCAGAGAAGGAGAACCAAUGCUGCCACCUAGUGGCCAGCCAAACAAAUCAGGUAGCAUACUGGAGAAAAAGGUCAUAGUCCGGACAAUCUGGUUUCCCUGCCUAUUAUCAAGCCACCUACUCCUUA